CUGUUAUCUUCUAUCGAUGUGAACGGUCUUGAACUGGAAAUAGACUAAAAAUAUAGAAUACCAUUAGUCCAAAUAUUAUAAGUUUUGAUUUUGGUUGAGUAGGUAUAGAAAGUUCUUGGGAGAAAAAAUGGCAGCACCUAUAGCUGAAGUUGCAGAAGGCCGCUUACAGGGAUAUACGAAGAAAAAUCUUGACGGAGAAGAUUUUUUCUGUUUCAUUGGUAUCCCUUAUGCACAACCACCAGUAGGAAAACUGAGAUUCAAAGAUCCUGUUCCCGUAAAACCGUGGCAAGGAACGAAAGAUGCUACAAAAGAAGGAUCAGUCUGCUACCAAAGAGAUUUCUUCACUAACACAUACAAGGGAUCGGAAGAUUGUUUAUUUAUAAAUGUUUUCACAAAAUCACUACCUGGACAAAAAAGCACAUUGAGACCCGUGAUGGUGUACAUCCAUGGCGGGGGCUUCAUCUUUGAGUCCAGCAGCCCUGAAACUUUCGGACCAGAACACCUAAUCACAGAAGAUGUUGUAUUCGUAUCCUUCAACUACCGACUCGGAAUUGUAGGCUUCCUCAGCUCCGAAGACGCUUCUCUGGGAGUCCCCGGAAAUGUCGGACUCAAGGAUCAAGUCCUCGCGCUGAAGUGGAUAAAGAACAACGUGAAGAACUUCAACGGAGAUCCGGACAACAUAACGAUAUUUGGCAACAGCGCCGGUAGUACUUGCGUUCAUCUCCACGUUCUAUCCAAGAUGUCCAAAGGACUUUUUCACAGGGCUAUCUUGCAGAGCGGGACUGUUUUCAACCCUUGGUCGUGGGGCAGCCGCAAUCAAGCAAUGGACAUCGUGAAGCACAUGGGGAGAAAUGAUGACAAUGAGGCUGAGGCGAUGGAAAUAUUGAGGGAGGCACCCAUUGGAGAAUUGUACGAGGCCCAAGAGAAGAUAUACGACAACCUAAGUGCUAACCUUCUCCGACCAUUCGGUCCAGUGAUCGAGUACCCUAACGAUACCGCCUUUAUGACCCGACACCCGAUAGACACGUUGGCCUCCGGCGAGUACAACAAAGUCCCGAUGUUGUUCGGCUACAACCUCACCGAAGGUAUGUUCACGGAGUACAACAAGAGGAUAUUUCCUCAGCAUCCGGAAACCGUUUUGGGCUCGGACAGCGUGGUCGAUUGGCAGAUGUGCCUGGAAAAAGGAAGCGACUCUUUUGCGGUCGCUAGUCGUAGAAUACAGGAUUUCUAUUGGAGUGGGGUCAAUGGAAACGAUAAAUAUAUGCCUUUCACUGAUUGCUUGUAUAUGAUAGGAGUAUACUCCACAAUAAGGAACCAUAUCAAAUCAUCAGACUCGCCCAUUUAUUUAUACAGGAUGUCAUUCGAAGGGGGACUGAACACUUUGAAAGUUUUUGGCGGUCUGACAGAUUUGCCAGGUGUUUGUCAUGCAGACGAGCUAGGGUACCUUUUCAAAAACUCCGCACUUCCUGACGUCCCAAAGGGCAGUAGAGAAGACAAAACGAUCAGAACUUUUGUCGAAUUGUGGACGAAUUUUGCUGCGUCUGGAAAUCCUACUCUAAGCUCCUCCACUCGGGGAAAAUCGAAUUUGGAAUGGAAACCCAUGGAAAGUGGGAAAAUCCAUCUUCUGGAUAUCGGCGAUGAGCCGAAGCUCGUUACUAAUCCAGAAUCCGAAAGAUCCAGAAUAGAAUUUUGGGAGGGGAUUUUCGAGCUCAGUCCAAAAACCGCAAACUUUUUAUCAUGAUAACUGUGGAAAAUGAAUGGAAAAAAACAUAUGCAUCGAGAACAUGAUUCAAGAUUUAUUCGGGGGCAUAUAUUGUGAUUGUUUGAUAUGUUUUGAAUACGGCUAAUAAAAUUUUGAAGUAUUUCAA